AUGGGUGCAACCUCUUUGGCUGGAAGAGUUACUAGGUUUUUGUCGUGUCGGCGACAAGGUAGUGUUGAGUCUGAAGACAGUGUUUGUGAUGUUGAGUUUGAUUUUCUUGAUGAUGGGGAAGUUUUCAUGUCGAGUUCUAGUAGUGACGAUCAAUGUCAUUCACUAGAAAUGGAAAUGGAUGAUGAUGAUGAGAAAGAUCUGAAUGGUAUCAAUGAGAUGAAUCGAAGCUUUUGGGACAGUCAACAUCAAGGAUUGCAGACGAAUGUGUACAGAACAAGUUCUUUGGAGACCAGGAUAAGAAGUGCGACGAAAGAAGCGAUUGAGGAAAUAAGUGCUUCUGGAACAGGAGUGUGUGGUUGCAGCAGAAAGAUGAAGAUGGGUGGAACAAGUUGUAGAAACUGCUUAAUGAGAGAAGUUUGUAGGAGGCUUCAGAAAGCUGGUUUCAAUAGUGCUAUUUGCAAAACUAAAUGGAGAACUUCAAAGGAUAUUCCAGCAGGUGAACACACAUUUUUGGAUGUGAUUGACAACACAAACCCAAAGAAAGGAGAAGUAAGAGUGAUGAUAGAGCUAAAUUUGCAAGCUGAGUUUGAGAUGGCAAGAGGAAGCAAUGAAUACAAUGAACUAAUCCAAAAGCUACCACAAGUGUUUGUUGGGAAAGUAGAAAGAUUAAGCAACUUAAUCAAAAUCUUAUGCAUUGCAUCCGAAAGAUGCAUGAAGGAUAAGAAAAUGCAUAUGGGACCAUGGAGGAAACAUAGGUACAUGCAAGCUAAAUGGUUAGGUCCAUGUGAAAGGAACACUUCAACAAAACCUCUUCCAAUGGGAUAUAGUAAUUCUGAGAGGAUUGUAACAAGACAAAAAUCAAAGGCUUCUAUGUUGACUAUUGAUUUGUUGGACAAGGUUCCAACGUUGCAUUGCACUGUUGUUGGAGUUGUCUAA